AUGCAGGUCUUCGUGAGGACGCUGUCCGGUGCCUCCGCCUCCCUCGACGCGCGGCCGGACGACUUGGUGGGCGGUCUCGGGCAGGAGGCGUUGGUGUUCGGAGGCCAGGACCUGGACCCGGCGAGCACGCUGGCGGAGUGCGGCGUGGAGGACGGCUCCACUCUGUUCGCGGUCGCCCGCCUGGCUGGCGGCGGGGACGGCACCCCAGCCAUGGGCAAGAAGCACAAGAAGAGCCACGGCCUCUGCCCGCGCUGCGGCAAGCGCUCGUUCCACCUGCAGAAGAAGCGCUGCGCGGCGUGCGGCUACCCCGCCGCGAAGAUCCGCUCCUACGAGUGGUCCAAGAAGUCUAAGCGCCGCCGUGCCCCCGGCACUGGCAGGAUGAAGCACUUGAAGACGAUGCCCCGCCGUUUCAAGAACGGCUUCCGCAGCGGCACCACGGCCCCAGCGCGCAAGAAGACUGCCGCGAGCUAA